CCAUUUCCCCACCUGUACAUAGAAAGACGGACCUUCACGCCGACACUACCACCACCACCUCCAACCGCUGCAACCACCUAAUCCAUGAAACGAACCACCAACAACCACCCCCAAUGGCUCCUCAUCCUCACCGCCACCUCCGCCCUCCUCCUCCUCGCCCUCCUCGCCUACGACCACCGCCAAUUCGACCACAAUUUCAUCUCCGACGAGUCCUACGCCCCGGAGCUCCCAAGGCUGCCGAGAUUCGCGUACAUGAUCUCCGGUUCCAAAGGCGACGCGCCGCGGCUGAAGCGGCUGCUCCAGGCGACUUACCACCCGAGAAAUUACUACUUGCUCCACCUCGAUCUGGCAGCCUCCGACGCCGAGAGGCUCGAGCUGGCCAAGUACGUCAGGUCGGAGCGUGUGAUGAACGCGUUCCGGAAUGCGAUGGUGGUUGGCGCGGCGGAUUUGGUGACGGAGAAAGUUCCGACGGUGCUGGCGGCGACGCUCCACGCGGUGGCGGUUUUGCUGAAGCGGGCUGGGGAUUGGGAUUGGUUUAUUAAUCUCAGUGCUUCGGAUUACCCACUCAUGUCCCAAGAUGAUUUGUUGCAUAUCUUUUCGUACUUGCCGAGGGACCUCAACUUCCUGGAGCACACUAGCAAUAUUGGGUGGAAAGAAAAUCAGAGAGCGAGGCCGAUUAUAAUCGAUCCUGGUCUGUACCACAAUAAGAAAUCCGGGGUGUUUUGGGCUAAAGAGAGGAGGUCAUUGCCAGCUUCUUUCAAGUUAUUCAUGGGUUCUACAGGGAUGAUGCUGACAAGAUCAUUUCUUGAGUUCUGUAUUUUGGGGUGGGACAAUCUUCCCCGCACUCUUCUGAUGUACUAUACCAAUUUCCUGUCAUCACCAGAGGGCUACUUCCACACUGUCAUCUGCAAUCAUAAGGAUUACCAGAACACAACUGUAAAUCAUGACUUACAUUACAUUAGGUGGGAUAGCCCUCCAAAGCUAAAUCCGGUUAAUCUAACACUGGAACAUUACAAAGACAUUUUCCAAGCUGGAACUCCUUUUGGCAGUCCGUUUGCAAGAGAUGAUCCAGUUCUUGACAAAAUUGAUAAGGUGCUUCUGAAGAGACCAACUGGGCAUCUUGCACCUGGUGGUUGGUGUUUGGGAAGAGUAGGUAAAGAUAGAUGUUCAGUUUAUGGAUAUCCACUGGCUGUAAAACCGAGUGUAGAUUCUAAGCGGCUAGAGAAACUCAUUGUGAAACUUCUUGAUUCUGAAAAUUUCAGGUCUAACCAGUGUAAAUAGUCUUUGCUA